GGUCAAAACACCUUUGUAUGCAUCUUUGGCGUUUGAUAAGGUCUCCUUGUCGGGCACUUGGGCGCUGAUCCGGCAUGGCUCCUUCAAUUGGUUCACCAUGCUCCUGACCUUCGCCUACAUUCUUGCAUUUCCGACUCUGAUGUCCUUGGUCACGGGUUAUCAAGCCGGCUUGAUCCCCUACGUACAGUUGUCCGGCGGAGACCUUGUGCUAGCCUCGCAGCUCGCAACCUCCCAGAUGGUCCUUGUGGACGGCCCUCGUGUCGGCCUGCCCCCCAUGAUUGCAGCACAGCAAGGUGAUGCAUGGAACCAGACUAUCUUCGCCUGUAAGUCGCGAGCUAAGGCCGCCAACACAUCCGGAGGCUGAUGACAAGACUUAGAUCGGAAGGCACAUGAGAAACUCGCGUCUGCAAUAGAGGACUAUUUUGUGGAUGGGAACGUCGCCUCUGAGGUAUUUUCUGGGCGCCCCCGAGAAGUUGCGACCGCGGCUUGUUACGAUGAAUCCAAGGGUGCAUACGACGGUGCCAGGUGCUCUCUCAAGGCUGUUUUUCGGCAAAGUGGUUUCCCUCGAGUCGACAUCGAUAGCAAUAUCACCCUAUUCAACAGCUCGUACGAACUUGUGAGCCUGCCCCUCGACAUUGCACUCGAUGGCCGCUUGGUGGGGCAAUAUUUCCUCGAUUUCAUAAUGGGGACCGACAAUCAUUUCUUCUCUGGAGGAGUCACCGAGCGCUACUGGUCCCUCGGCGGCGCCGCGCUCAACUCAUCUUACCUCGGGGUGAACAACAAAUGCAUGCCGACGAAAGACUACGAGUGGGGCUUCUCGUAUCUGAUGGUCUUCGCCGCAUCGUUCCUGACGUUGCUAU